UAUAUAUUCCUUCCGACAAUUGCCGCAAGUAAAUUGCAUGUUAUUGAUUUCUUUUUAAUGAAAUGUAUCAUUCUUUAAUUUUCUCUCUUAAUUCUCCGGAUUGUAAGGACAUCUGUAAAGAGUAUGUGCGUGUAAUGUCUAUCAGUUUUUAAAAACGGAGAAAGAGUCGAUCGCCGGAAAGCAUACAUGCGUAUCGGAUUUUUUAAGGUAGUAUUUAAACAUUUCAGCUCUGACACGAAAGUCGAUGAAGCCCAAAUUCUACGAACGCAGAUGGAGGUUAUGCUCGGCAGGGGACGAGUUCGAAGCCAACCUUUAGAUGCCUGGAAUGGAAUCAAAUGCAGACUCAUCGAUAUCAUCAAUACGGACAGAGACACUGAACGAGAAUUUCUAAUCUUAUCGACAUCAAAAGUAGGACGAGAAGUAAAGAAUGGAGAGCAGUUUUUCGAGAACCUCGAAAAUAAUUAUAGUGAGCAUUGUCAUGUGGUGGAAUUUCUCAUCAACCUUACCGAAGAAAUCAGACUUCAUGUGGAUGAUGGUGUUACUAAAGUUGGUGAUGAGUUGCGCAGAUACUUGCAAGAUGUGAAAGAUUAUGACGAUAAACUUAUUGAAUUGGGGCUGGGAGCAAAAUGCUUUGUUGGAAGAGAAAUCGAAAUUGCCAGUAUUAUGGAAACGUUAAAACAGGAGGACGAAAGAAAGGGACUACUGAUUUGUGGAAUGGGUGGUAUGGGGAAAACCAGUUUGGCAAUGGAAAUAUGCCGCCACCUUUACAUAGAAGCUAAAUGGAGUGUGUACAAGGUAGAUCUGAGAGAGGAGACAACGCUGAGGGAUUUGAUACGCAUCACACUCACUAAACUUGGAGAAAAGCUUACAUUUUUUGCUAGUAGUCAAUCAACAGACGAUAGAGUGGAAAAUAAUCAUUUAACGCAAUUGAACGAAUUGCUUCUUCAGAGAUGUUGUGAUCAAAAGACAAAUUCCGUUUUGUUGUUUGAUAAUAUUGACGAUAUCUUGGAGAAGGACAGACAAAGAUUUCUUGUUUUUGUUCAGCAGCUAGUACAAAAGUUGACUUCAAGUCCUCGUGAGAAUAUCAUGCGGAUACUUUUCACUGCGAGAGAAAAACUAUUGAACAGCAAUACAAUUCCUUUGCUUAGUGGGUUGAUUCAAGAAACUGAAAUCAGAGGGUUAAAUGAGGUAGCAGCUAUUGGAUUAUUUAGAAUGACUCCUAUAAUAGAGACCAGUGUUGAUACGGUGAGGAAGAUUGUUGCUUUAUGUGGAAAUUGUCCUUUAGCCAUAUUGUCGCUGUGUAACAGCAUACGAAACACAGAUGUAACAGCAGAAAAGUUGUUGUUUAACCUCCAAAUGACCCAACAUGACGCAGGUGGGUUACAGAGUUUCGGAGUUGGAUCGUGCUUGAAGCAAUCCUUCAAUCGUUUGAAUAGGGAGCUCCGUCAAUAUCUAGUUAUGUUGUCAGUUUUCCGUACAGCUAAGUUUGACAUCUAUGCUGCAAAUGUAAUUGCUGGAAGAAGCCAAAGCAGCGGGAAAGCGUUGACGUCCCUUGAUCUUGUGCAUCUGAAAAGCUGCCACUUUGUGGAAAUAGCAGUCGAGGAAUUUUCUGUCGGAAGAUCUAAAGCGUACUGUUUGCAUCCAUUAGUCGUCCAGUUCUUGAUAAAUGAAAUUGAUACCCAGGAAGGCUACGACAAAUUUCACAAGUUGGCAAAAAGUAGAUUCAUUGAAUAUUUCGAUGAAGUGAUUCUGUCAAUAUCAUCGGAUCUUCAUACUCAUCCAACAAAUUUUCAGAAAAGUUUUAUUGAAAACAAAACGCACAUUCAAAGUUUUUUCAACUAUGUAACGACAUCUGGUGGAAAUCUUCAAAAAGUGUGCGUUGAUUCGCCAAGUGUGGUAAACGAAUUUCGUAAAGAUGAAUUGUGUUCCGCGGUCUUGAGUGAUCACGAACGAAAUCAAUAUUAUGAUCAAUAUAUUAAGUAUGCGAAGGAAAAUGGCUUGAUCUUGGAUGAAAUACAUUUCAAAACGAUGAAAACAAGAUUAUAUUUCGAAAUCGAUCGAUCUCACGAAUGCCAUAAACUAUUAAAAGAGACUGAGGAUCUGGUAAACAGCAAUGCCUCUCUUGAAGAAGGAACCGCUGAUCCUGUUUUGGCACAUUUUUACUGGAUGAAGGGAAGACUUUUGAACUCUACAAGCCAUUAUAAAGAUGCUUUGACGAUGAUGGAAAGGUCUAUUUCAUAUUACCAAAAAGACCCGGAGUUGUUCAAAACAGACAUUGCAAACAUACAUAACACUAUUGGCGUAGUUUACUUUAACCAAAAGGACUAUGAAAAGGCUGAGUUAUACCAUGAAAAGGCAAUCGAAGUGGCAAAAGAGCAGCUUUCGCAAGAGGAAGUUGAGGCAGUGGGAAUUAACAUGCAAGUCUAUUACACAAACAUCGCAACUGCUCUGGUUGCACAGUGGCAAAAACAAAUACAUUUGAGCAAAGAAUCCCACAGUCCACUAUUGAUUAAAGCUGAAGAAUAUUACACUCGUGCUGUUCAUCAUGACCCUAUACCAUCAGAAAGCCGAGCAAAGAAACUAACUAAUCGUGGGAAGCUGUAUCUGAAAAUGAAGAAAUACGAUGAUGCCGAACAAGAUUUGUUAGAAAGUCUGCAAAUUAGAAAGGACGUAUCAGUCCCCCCCAACGCAAACCUGACACACGCUUAUCACAACAUUGGCUACUAUUAUUUCUUAAGAGGAGAUAAUCCAAAAACAGAAAACCAGUUGGAAUGCUUCAAGAAAGCUUUAGAAUACUAUGAGGAGGCGAAAUGUCAGAUAAGAAGAGGCGGAUUGUCAGUCACAGAUCCAGUAUACAAAGACAUCGUGAAAUUCCAUAAACUUACACUCAAGGUCCUUAAUGAUGGACGUGGACUGGAGCAAAUAAAACAAUUUUAUCAGGAUUUUGAAUCGGGUAAAUUUAACAAGAAAAUUCGGAAAUGGAGGAACAUUGAUGAAACGAUGACAAAAAGUGAGCGUCUGGCAUCAACAGGAAAAAACUUGGAAGAGUAUUCAGAAUCCCAAUCGGAUGCUUCUGAUUCAGGGUCUGGCAGCUCCUCUGAUCAAUCGUCAUCCAUCGAUAUCACAGACGAGGAGGAUCGAUCUGACAAUGUCAACAAGAAUUAAUCAGAUGAUGAUAUAAAUUCGCAAGAGUCCAUGAAUUUUGAAUACGAAAAAGUUAAGUUGCUUACUUCUACCUGCGAAAACGAAACUGUUCUCAAAGCCCUUCUUCCCAAAAUCGAUCAAUCGGAGCAAGACAAGCUUGAUAGUGGAAUUGGAAGUUUGACCUCGAGUUCCAUGAGUUCGUUCUGCAGUACCGAAGAUUUGCACAUCAAAAGAAGGCGACUUGUAUCCAUGCAAUCAGGUUCACUGGAUGACAAUGUGUUUACAAAUGAUGAAAAAUAAUACGUGCAAAAUGUAUGGUUACUUUCUAGGGGGCACUGUAAAGGUAAACACGUAUUUCGAUCUCAACGGAGUAUUUUAAGGAUGACGGAUAUUUACAUAAUGAUUUUUGCUAAACUUUCAUUGAAACCUGUAUUGUAGGUUACAAGGUGUAGAUAAGUUUUCCACUACACAAAUACGCGAAAGAAUGAAGACGACAGCUUUCAAUUUUUCUUGCAUUAAAUAUUUCUUUUAGUUGUAUUAAACCGAAAAUGAGUCCUACCUUAAUAUUUUCUUUGUAAUAGAUGAAUUUGUUUUAAAUGAGCCUGAGUUCGACCCUUUCCGUCAACUCCAAAAAUCCUGUGACAGCCAGUUUCGAUGUUCAUGCAGUUCUAAAUGUUCUUACUUUACACAAUGUACUAGAAAGUAUUUGUAAGGCAAUUCAGAUAAAUCGAAUGUAAACAAAAUCAAAUAGAUAAAUAGUACAAAAUGAUAGUUAUAAUCACAGCGGAUAUGACGGGUCACCAACAUUGUAAGAAAGCUGCGUUUUCUUCCUUUACAAUGUUGGUAAAUACCAGAUCUCAGAGAGUAAAGGUAAAGAAAAAGAGAAAUAGUAUUUUGUAAAUGUUUUAUAUUGAAUGUGCUUUUGCAUGAGCGAAACAAAUACUGCUUUCAUUCCAUUUUAAUGGCUCACAUCACCGUAUACCACAACUGAGGUCAAACGUUUACCCUAAGUAAAAGUCAAAUAUUUCGCAGCGAUUUUAUUAUGUUUUGUGUUACCUGUAUUAAUGGCAGCCAAUGUGACAAUUCUUUAUUUUUCUUUAUUUAUUUUAUUGUACAUUCAAUUUAGAUUGCACAUUAUAUACAUUGUACUAUAUGUAUUAUGUGAAUUAUAAACAUAUUUUUUGAGAUAUUUGAAAAUUUACGCAAAUCAUAUUUGAUGUAAAUAUUUUAGCUAUUGUUUGUUUUGAGAUUUAUGUUUCGACAAAUAUGUGUGUAUGUGAAUUUGAUUCAACAACGUUAUGCUAAAACCGA